GUAGUGCCGAUAUGCCGGGCAGCGCUAAGCAGCCAGACAUCUGCGGCAAUGGUCUCUAAUUGCUCCGGCUGGGCGAAAGAGGUCAGGGGUGAUUGUCGUGGCGGAAGAGCCUCGGAGUUGGAGUUUGUACAGAUAAUCAUAAUCGUGGUGGUGAUGAUGGUGAUGGUGGUGGUGAUCACGUGUCUGCUGAACCACUACAAACUCUCUGCACGAUCCUUUAUCAGCCGGCACAGCCAGGGGAGGAGAAGAGACGAGAACCUCUCAUCGGAGGGGAGCCUGUGGCCUUCAGAGAGCACCGUGUCGGGGACUGGAAUAGCAGAGCAGCAGAUCUACACCCCGAGACCCAGCGACCGCCUGGCAGUGCCAUCCUUCCUGCAGAGGGACCGCUUCAACAGGUUUCAGCCCACCUACCCCUACAUGCAGCACGAGAUCGACUUGCCACCCACCAUCUCACUGUCAGACGGCGAGGAGCCCCCCCCGUACCAAGGACCCUGCACGCUGCAGCUGAGGGACCCCGAGCAGCAGAUGGAGCUCAACAGGGAGUCAGUCCGGGCCCCCCCCAACAGAACCAUCUUCGACAGUGACUUGAUAGAUAACUCUGUGUAUGGAGGACCAUGCCCCCCCAGCAGUAACUCUGGGAUCAGUGCCACCUGCUAUGGCAGCAAUGGUAGGAUGGAGGGACCGCCGCCGACAUACAGCGAGGUGAUAGGGCACUACCCUGGGUCAACGUUUUACCAGCACCAGCAGAACAACAACGGGAUGCCCUCCCUCUUGGAGGGCAGCAGACUCCAUCACUCACAAAUCAAUGGCCUUGAGAGCACAACUGCCUGGAACAAAGAGAAAGAGAAACAAAAAGGGCACCCUUUUUAAAAAAAAAAAAAAUAAAGGAAAAAGGAAAAAAAAAAGAAAUAAACAAGAAAGUAAACGCAACACUGCACUUCUUGGUAAAAGAAAAAGGAGAGAGUGAGUGAGUUGAGGAAGAUGAGCAAAGGAAAAAGAAUAGCCCUUCCCCAUCUCUCCAUGUAUAAAUAUUUACUUGUUAUGUCUGGUCUGAAUGCACAAGCCUACCAAGCUUGCAAAAGCAUUUCUUCAUUGAGCUCUGUCUAGACAUUUAAAAAGGAAAAAAACAACAAACGCAACUGUAGUCCAUUUUUUUGUUUGUUUGUUUCUAGUUGAGCUGUGUGAAUGCUUUUUUUGUUUAUUUCACUUAUCUUUAAAGACAAAAUAUUUGCACAAAAACAUUUUGUUUAAAGAUCUGCAAUAUAAAUAUAUAAAUAUAUAUGAAAAAUAAGAGAAAGUGUAUGUGUAAGGAGCAGGAGUAUUUUUGUAUUAGAAGAGGCCUAUUCAAAAAAAAAGUUGUUUUCUGAACUAGAAGAAAAAUGGCAAUUUUUUUGAGUGCCAACUCAAAAAGUGUGUAUUACCUUGUAAAAAAAAAAAACCAAAACAAC